AUCGCCGACCAUUCAUCCCGACUUUUGCGCAGUUGUUCCUGUUUUCCCACUGACUUUUCGAGUGCUAUGAGGUUCUGUUGUUGUGCGAUGAGUGCCGUUGGAUUUUCUCAUCGGAUGUAAACGUAUGAGAUACAUAUCUUAAUGUUGCUGUAACUUGAUAAUCAUUCUGCCUUAUUGACAGUACUGCCGUUGAAGAGUGCCUUGCUAGGCAAAGUAUUUGUGGUCAAGAACAGACCACAAUGUGGCUUCUAGAUAUACCUCAAACACAAAAUGACUGUGAAAAACUGUUAUGCUUUCGAUACUACGACGGAACCACUUUAGACUACAUAGCUCAAUCCGACCCACUAAUAAUUAAACACCCCGUCGAUAAACUAAAGAAGUUCAUAAAAAUAAGAAGGCAGAAGUGCAAUGGCAUAGAGAACGAUGCAUUCCAGGACGAGAUCGAGACCGAUCCCCCGCAUUUAGUAAACUCGAACUCCCUGGAAGACCUGGACAACAGCAAGGAUCCAAUCUUGUCGGGAGUCAAGAAGAAGUCCCCAAACGGCCUAACUACGGACGCGAUGGGCGGCACAAAGAAAAAAGUGCGUCCCAAAGCAAGUUCCAAGUCGCCCAGCAAGGAAUACUUCCAAAUAUGGAACGCUUCAACUUCUCCAAGUCCAGAAGCGGAGGUUAAGGACCUGGAAAACGCUUGCGGGAUGGAUUUCCCUGAGGAAUCCUCCGCCCCACCUCUACCUCCACGUGCUCUACACAGGCCUUUAGAAAGGUCGCACGCUUUGAGCGCCAGUUUCACCCCGCCAGCCGUUCAUAGACAGAACAAGCCCAAGAAGAUCCAAAAAUUGGAAGACACUUUCGGGUUUGAGCUGAUAGAUACUGACGAGGAUUACAAAUCGUUCAGUACGACGUCGACGGCUUCUUCCCUAUCUGACGCCGACGUCACAUCGACCCCGAGUCACAAAAUGAAAGCCGCCCUGCUGGAGAACGGCAAGAAACUCAUUGGUUGUGAUAACUACAUUACGACGGUUCUAAGCAAAACAAAAAUUUUAGAUAAUUCUAGUCCGCAAACGAAUGCUCAUAUAGCUUUAGAGAAUAAGGAUAGUCAGAGUUCGGUUUCGACUCAAAGUAGUGGUUCCGCGGAUGUGGUUGACGGGGAAGUUAACAGUGAUUUAGCCAAUAAACCCCACAAGCCCUUGUCCAGACAGAUACCGGAUGGGGAGGGAACGGAAGUACAAUCUGGUGAACUUCCACAAACUCCUCUGCUCAAACCCAAGAUUGAAUUGAAGAACGUGGCUAGGCCUCAUCCUAAGGCGUUUGAGAGGGUGGCCGGGCUCUCAAGCCUUCCGAUAUGCCCUCCAACCCCAACUCAUCAUUCUAGAAAGUCCAGAACGCCAGAGCUUAGGCCUCCUACUUUAAAAUCUACAGAACCGCCUGAUUUUCCUCCAGGAGAUCCAGAGACAGCGACAGUCCCAGAAACUCAAGAAGGCGAUACACGACCCAUCAGACUCGAAGGGUGGUGUGGAACUAGUUCUCAGGAGGUUGACUCUGAAACUCCCAGGAUAAGUCUCAUUGCAAUGUCAGAGUUGAGAAAUAUCGAUAAGGAUUUAACAAGACCUACUCUCAGAGCCAGAGGUGAAGUGAACGGUGAGGCUAGUGGCGGGGUUCCGUUGCCUUUGCAAAGGUUGAGUACUACCAGAUUGCCGUCUAUUCCAGAGAGGAGCCACAGGAUUUUGAGUGUGGCGGAAGUGCCUGGUGAACACGAGGAACCAUUACCACCAUCCUGGGAAGCGAGAAUGGACAGCCACGGUAGGGUAUUCUACAUUGACCAUGCCACUCGUACCACAUCAUGGACGAGGCCAGGUGGAAAUUCUAGUACAAGCCCCAACGGUGCAGGGGCAGAACAGCACCGCAGACAGUUAGACAGAAGGUACCAAAGUAUACGAAGGACGAUUAGUUCCAACAGGAUAGACCUACCAGACUUUUCGUCCGCACCUCCCGGCUGCAAGCUGCUUACCAGGCCCGAUUUUUUCACAAUACUUCAUAUGAACCAGGACGCCCUAUCCUUGUACAACAGAAACCCAACCCUAAAACACAUGAUUGUAAGAAUUCGAAGGGACCCAAACGUGUUUGAGAAAUACCAGCACAACAAAGAAUUAGUCGCUCUAGUCAAUAUGUUCGCGGACCCGACCCAAGAGUUGCCUAGUGGAUGGGAUACCAAAAAAGAUAGAAACGCAAAGCAAUUCUUCAUUGACCACACUCACAAGAAAACUACCUAUAUGGACCCGAGGAUACCCACGGACCCGACCUUCGUUAGAAGGGUAUCGGAUGAGGGUCAAGCCCCGAUACCACCUCCUAGACCUGCGACAACCACCAACCUUGUAUCCAACUGCGUCCCAGAUGUUCCUGUAGCCUACAACGACAAAGUCGUCGCUUUCCUUAGACAACCAAAUAUAUUCGAUAUCUUACGAGAAAGGCACCCACCAGUUGGGAAUUCAUCUUCACUCAGGGAUAAGAUUAAUGCUGUGAGGGUAGAUGGUACUAGUGCCCUGGAUCGCUUGAGUCAUGAUGUGCACCUCACGAUUCUUCUUAGCCUUUUCGAGCAGGAGAUCAUGUCAUAUGUCCCCGCAGUAGCAGUGGACACCAGAUCAGCCAAUGCGAAUGCGAGAAGCCCCAGGGGUUCGCCACAAGCUUCUCCAAUUGCGUCUCCUGGACUAAGCAGGCACCGGGUGCCUGCUCCACACAAGAGAGACUUCGAGGCCAAGCUGAGGAAUUUCUACAGGAAACUAGAAAGCAAAGGCUACGGACAGGGUCCUGGAAAAUUCAAAUUACAUAUUAGACGAGACCAUCUGUUAGAAGAUGCCUUUAGAAGAAUCAUGUCGGCUAACAAAAAAGAACUACAGAAAGGAAAACUUUGUGUGGUUUGGGACAACGAAGAAGGACUCGACUAUGGCGGACCUUCAAGAGAAUUUUUCUUCUUGCUCUCUAGAGAACUUUUUAACCCUUACUAUGGCCUUUUUGAGUAUUCUGCCAAUGAUACGUACACAGUUCAGAUCUCACCUAUGUCUGCCUUUGUGGAUAACUAUAAUGACUGGUUUAGAUUUAGUGGUAGAGUGUUAGGACUGGCCCUGGUCCACCAAUACCUUUUAGAUGCGUUUUUCACAAGGCCUUUUUACAAAGCUUUACUGAGGCUGCCUGUAGCCUUAUCCGAUUUAGAGAGCCUCGAUUUCGAGUUCCAUCAGUCACUGCAAUGGAUUCGAGAACAUGACGUUUCCAUGCAGGGGGAACUAGAACUGACGUUUGCCGUAACUGAAGAGGUGUUCGGUCAAGUGUUAGAGAGAGAACUUAAGCCUGGAGGUCGAAACGUACCAGUUACGGAGAAGAAUAAGAAGGAAUAUUUAGAGAGAAUAGUAAGAUGGAGGCUAGAAAGGGGUGUAUCUGAGCAAACAGAAUCAUUGGUUAGAGGCUUCUAUGAAGUCGUAGAUCCAAGAUUAGUCAGCGUUUUUGACGCUAGAGAACUAGAACUAGUUAUCGCUGGUACCGCCGAAAUUGAUUUGGUAGACUGGCGACAAAACACCGAAUACCGAGGUGGAUAUCAUGAUCAACACCCUGUUGUGGUGUGGUUCUGGCAAGCCAUCGAAAGGUUCAGUAAUGAGCAGAGGCUGAGACUACUACAAUUUGUAACCGGCACAUCGAGUAUACCUUUCGAAGGUUUCUCUGCUCUUAGAGGUUCCAUAGGUCCUAGAAAAUUCUGCAUAGAGAAAUGGGGCAAACCGAAUAGUCUUCCAAGAGCUCACACAUGUUUCAAUAGAUUAGAUUUACCACCAUACCCAACCUCUGAAGUUUUGUACGAAAAACUAUUACUCGCCGUUGAAGAAACCAAUACGUUCGGUAUUGAGUAAAUAACAUAUUACUUUUUUGUAGUACUUACAAAAAGUACUUUUCAUUUUUCAGUUUGUUGAAAAUUUACUUUUUAAGAAUUGCGUAUUAUCGCAUUUUCCAAAUGAGUUAAUAUUUAAAUUAUUUGGAAAAUGAUUUCUUAGUGACUUACAAGUUCUCUUCUUUGAGUCAGUAUUUUUAUAAAAUUUGUUGGAAUUAUUUUUAUACUGAGAAAUUGUAUUUGUAAGCCGUUAAGUAAAAUUUUAUUACUUACCAAAUAAUAGAUUUUUGUACAUAGAUUUGUAUAGAAUAAUAAUUUAUUUGUUUAUAACGUUCUGUUAAAAUUGGUUUAGUGAUAUUUAUUAACAAAUUAUUUUUAUAGCGAAGUAAUACAUUUGUGUUUUGAAUAGAAUAACCUUAAAUCAGUUUUUAAGAUAGUCACUAUUUUGAUAUUGUCUGUUUUAAUUUAUUAUCGCUAUAGUUGUAUUAGUUACCAAUGAUUAUUUAGAUUAGUUUGUUAAUUUAGGAUUGUAGUUAUUAUUGUCUGAAAUUAUUUAUUUGUGGCAUUAUAGUUGUGUUUAAUUGGACAUCUUGUCACGUCAGAGAAAAUUGAUAAUUACGGGCACAACCUUACCCAAAAGAUUAAUUGAGAGUUGCUUUAUAAGCAUUUGUCUCAAUGUUUUAAAUUAAUUAGCAACCACCGUGUGUAUUUUUCAGAGUGAGGCUUCUUCACUAGGCAGCAGAAGUUCAUAAAAAGCCUGACUAAUCUUUCUGAUAUAAAGAUUUCUUAAACAUUUUAUUACUUUUCUGAUGUGACAAAAGACUGAUUAAUUAAAACUAUUAGGAAUACAGUGUUGUGAUUUAUAUAAUUCUAGUCAGUAAAUAUAUAUUGCAGUUACUUGCACAACCAUUUAUGGUAAUGUAAAGCCUAUAAUAGAACCUAAAUUUUCACUCAAUGACUUGUUUCAAAAAGCAAAUAUGAUCUGUAACAUUCCAGAAAUAAAUAUUUGUU